UUCUUCUCGGAGCCCUGAACGUUCGGACUGUGACCAGACCGCGGUCCGCUGAGGCCCCGCGGCCGGAAGUCUGCCUCCUCCACCCGCCAGUUCGGUCCGGUUCGGUGAGUGUUUUCACACCCGAACCUGUGUGAGCCAGGCGAGUCUGCCUCCGUGGCGGCUCCGGACUCGGGUUCGACUCGCUAAAGACUGGACCCGGACCGGCUUCUACCCGGGAGUCACGUCACCGACGCAUUGGAGUCGCGUUCCUUGUCCUGAGCCGCCAUGCGCGGGACCCAGCAACCGGUCCGGAGGCUCGUGAGCCAUGUCUGAGGUGAAGGUGGAACUGGAGGAGGAGGAGCAUGGCCCCUGGCCGCAGCCCGUCCUCGUCAUCCAGGCGGCGCCGCCGGCCUUCCUGGCCGCGCCGGGCCCGCCCCGGCUCUGCUGGACCUCCUGGCUGCAGACCUUCCAGCGCUACCUGGCGGCCCUGGGCGAGACUCACCUGGCCGACUCCAGCAAGUGUCUGCUGCUGAGGAGCUGCCUGGGCGGCGAGGGACGCCGCGUCCUGUCCUCGCUGGCGGGCGGCGACGCCAGCUACGCCGCCGCCGUCUCAGCGCUGACCGACUACUUCACCUGUGACGCGGCGGCGCAGGCGCAGGUGCUCCGCUUCUACCAGCGCAGCCAGGUGCCCGGCGAGUCGGCCCAGCAGUUCGUGCUGGCGCUGGAGCAGCUGGCCGGGACCUGGACCUCCAGCCAGGCGCCGGAGCAGCGGGUCCUGCGGCAGAUGGUCGCCGGGACCCGCUGCCCGCAACUGAAGGAGAAGCUGCUGCAGCAGCGGGAGGCUCUGACGCUGCCCGCCGCGCUGCUCCUGGCCCAAGACCUGGAGUCCGGCCCGGACCCGCCUAGGACGAGGAAGGCCAGGCGGGGGCGCCCUGCGCGGGUCGGUGCCACGGAGGAGCCGGGGAUGGAUGGUGGAGCGCCGGAAGACCUGCUAGAGGAGGACCCGGGCGUCGGCGACCCCCCCUGCCCCCUCUGCCAGCGGCGCGUCACAAGAGGCGACAGCGUCGAGCACCCCGUGAGCACACACGCCAAGGAGAAGGCCUCGGCGUGCCAGUCCGACCACAUGGCCCGGCACGUCUGCGUCGGCGCCACCGCGCUGCAGACUCACAAGGAGGCGCUCCUCUGUGAGGCCGAGGCCGAGUCCGGCGGGCCGGCGGGGCGGGAGGCGGAGCCGGGGCCUGCGGGGACCAAGCGCCACAGCUGUCCCGUCUGCGUGGACCGCCACUUCACAGGAGCGAACAAGCUGUCCCGGCACAUGAGGACUCACACCAAAGAGAAACCCUUCAGCUGCCCCGUCUGCUUCCUGAAGUUCAGCCAGUCCUACCACAUGACCCGCCACCUGAAGAAGCAGCACCACUCGCUGCCCGUCUGCCCGGAGUGCGGCGGCAGCUUCGGCAGCUGGCAGCAGCUGAAGACGCACCGCAAGAGUCACGGCGGCCCGAGCUGCUCCAGCUGCGGCCAGCAGUUCCAGCUGAAGAGCCAGCUCCUCAGCCACCUCCGGUCCCACCGCAGCGCCGCUUCCGGCCCGCAGUCGCUCACCUGCGCCGACUGCGGCAAGGUCUUCGGCCGCCUCUACCACCUGAAGCGCCACAUUCUGUCGCACCGCAAGGCCGCGGACGGCGAGCGCCACGACUGCCUCACCUGCAAGAGGAGCUUCGCCUUCCCCGAGGACCUGCAGAAGCACGUGCGGGUCCACGUCCAGGAGAGCAACGGCACCUGCCCCAAGUGCAAGCUGACCUUCGGCAGCCAGGAGGAGCUGGAGCGCCACAUGCAGGCGCACCGCCAGGCUCACGCCUGCCGCGUCUGCGCCCGCUCCUUCAAGGUGGAGUACGCGCUGAGGAAGCACAUGCAGGUCCACGUGGACGAGCCCUUCUUCUGCCGCCUCUGCAGCAAGCGCUUCCUCAAGAGGUCCCACUACAAGAGGCACCAGCUGGUGCACCAGCGGCGCGAGCUGCGCUGCCCGCACUGCCCGGCCGUCUUCCUGCGGGCCGGCGCUCUCAAGGGCCACCUGCGCACGCACCUGGCCGAGCGGCCGCACCACUGCCCCUGCUGCCCGGAGAGCUUCCAGCAGAGCGAGGAGCUGGAGCGCCACCGCCUGCGCCACCGGCGGAUCAAGGCGCAGCUGCCCUACUCCUGCACGCGCUGCGACCGGGCCUUCGCCGCGCUGGGCCAGCUGACGCAGCACAUGGCGCAGCACCAGCGCGACGAGCCCAUGAGCUGCCCCGACUGCGGCAAGACCUUCCUCAACAAGGGCAAGCUGGAGAGGCACCGCAGCGUCCACUCGGGCCGGCGGCCGCACCUGUGCUCGCUCUGCGGCGACGGCUUCCCGUCGGCCGCCGGCCUCCAGCUGCACCUGCGCAUCCACACGGGCGAGAAGCCUUUCCGCUGCUCGCGCUGCGACAAGAGCUUCAAGUCGGCCAGCGGCCUGCGGCUGCACGGCCGCCGCCACAUGGAGGCGCCGCCCAGCUUCGCCUGCCUCCAGUGCGGCCGCACGUACGGCCGCCGCACCGAGCUGAAGAUGCACCAGCGCUACCACACGGGCGACAGGCCCUUCGCCUGCAGCUGCUGCGCCAAGCGCUUCGUCAGCAAGAACAAGCUGGUGGUGCACAUGCGCUCGCACACCGGCGAGCGGCCCUACGCCUGCGCGCACUGCGGCGCCACCUUCACCCAGACCGGCGACCGCAACCGCCACGUGCACAAGUACCACGCCGCUCCGCCUUAGGUCCUCCGGGUGUCCUGCUCAGAG